UUCCGCCGCCAUCUUGGGCCCUGCUCCCCGCACAAAAUGCCCGGCGAAGCGACAGAAACCGUCCCGGCCACUGAGCAGGAGCUGCCGCAGCCGCAGGCUGAGACAGGGUCCGGAACAGAAUCUGACAGUGACGAAUCCGUACCAGAGCUCGAGGAGCAGGACUCCACGCAGGCCACGACGCAGCAGGCGCAGCUCGCAGCAGCAGCUGAAAUAGAUGAGGAACCUGUGAGCAAAGCAAAACAGAGCCGGAGUGAAAAGAAAGCUCGGAAGGCCAUGUCUAAGCUGGGCCUUCGCCAGGUGACAGGAGUGACCAGAGUCACCAUCCGGAAAUCCAAGAACAUUCUCUUUGUCAUCACAAAGCCAGACGUGUACAAGAGCCCAGCCUCAGACACCUACAUAGUCUUUGGGGAGGCAAAGAUCGAAGACCUGUCCCAGCAGGCCCAGCUGGCAGCCGCCGAGAAGUUCAAAGUGCAAGGAGAGGCUGUUUCAAACAUCCAGGAGAACACACAGACCCCCACUGUGCAGGAGGAGAGUGAGGAAGAGGAGGUCGAUGAAACUGGAGUGGAAGUGAAAGACAUCGAGCUUGUGAUGUCCCAGGCCAACGUGUCCCGGGCCAAGGCUGUCCGCGCGCUGAAGAACAACAGCAACGACAUCGUAAAUGCCAUCAUGGAGUUGACGAUGUAGCUGCCAGAGGAAGAAAGCUUUUUGCGUGUUUCAGAGCGGAGUAAAAUGCAACUAAAUUUAAAAUUUGUACUAUUUCUAUCCAUUAGUAAAAGUUGUGGCUUAUUGU